AAGUGUCUGCGGGACACCAGCAAGAGUUUGUUCAUUUGUUCUGGACUGUUUUGCUUUCCUAAACGGGUGCUGUCUGACAGUGUUCUACGUUUUUUUGAACCAGCAGGUUUAUGACAAAAAGUUGCCAGAAGUUAGUUUAUAAAUGAAAAAAAAAAACUUUUAAAAGCUUAUUUUAAAAUUGAUUAUUAUUAUUUAAAAAAAAAAAAAAAAAAAUCCAAGACAAAGCUGAGCAAACAAAGAAAGUUUUAAAUAAUAACCGUCUUGUUCUAAGCUAAAAAGCAAUGGCAUCAUUGCUGCUAGUUUGUGCGCUGGCAUCUUUGCUCUUUGGUUUCCAGUCGAGCAGUGUGGAUGCCGGUGGAGAAUAUUGCCACGGUUGGGCCGACACCUACAAUAUCUGGCACGAUGGCUUCCAGUGCCCGGAGCGGUAUGAUGGGGAAGAAGCCAGGUUUUGCUGCGGGACGUGCCAUCUCCGCUACUGCUGCAGUACCCCGGAAUCCAGACUGGACCAGGAAACCUGCGACAACGAUAGUUUUCUGGGUUUGGAAACCGAAGAACAAACUAGCCACAAGCCACCACAAGUGCCUACGUACCUGCCUUUCCUCAUCGUUGCCAGCGUGUUUGUAUCCUUCAUCGUCGUUGGCUCCUUUGUCGCCGUGUUCUGCUGCCAUUGCCUGAAGCCCAAAGCUGGGGGGCAGCAGAGCUGCUCCGUGCCUGUCCAGAGCCGCCUGAUCGAGUCGGGACCCCCUUCGGAUGGCAGGACCCCCUCCCGCCACUCCAGUUCCAGCUCCAGCUCUGCCAGUCGCUGCUCGGCGGGGGGGCGGCCCCAGAACAACAUCUGCACCAUGGGCACCGAGGGCAUGAACGUGUACAUGAGCAUGCCUCCGCCGGGCAGCUACCCGGUGAUGGGAUGCCCUCCACCCCAGCAGUACAUGCCCCACAACCAGACCCCCUCUCCCUUUGUGCAGCCUCAUGGGUACAUGGGCUACGGAAUCCCACCAGAGCAUGCUAUGCUGAUGACCCCUGCGUACAUCGACAGCAGAGUGGCUUAUGGGCAGCAGCACCCCUUCCCACAGGCACCCAUGCAUACCGAGCAGCUGUACCCAGGAGUGACUUUAUGAGAACUUCUUAUUUUUAUUAAAAGUUUUAAAAGCAUAAAGACUAAAAAGUUAGGUUUGGAUGUGUCCAUACGUCCUAUAGCCUUUGAGUCAUGAGCUAGACUCCAGGGUUGGGGUUCAGCCAAAACGCAGGGUUUGUUUAGAGGAAAGAGGAAUAAGGCAAGAGUGUAAUCCAAUUAAAGAUGUGGGGUGCUUAUUUAAAAAAAAACUAAAAAACGGUUACUUUGAUAAGAGAAAUUGCGGCAGCCGACACAGUGGGUUAGAGGGAAUAAGUAGAUAUCCUUGUAUAUUUAGGAUCUCCCAGAGGAAUGUUUACUAAGCCAAGGGGGUGCUUUGAAAUUCUCUAGCAGUGUUAAUGCAAUUAAAUAUUCCUCAUGUUUAUCUUCUGGGAAAUUACAUUGGUCUGUCACUUGAUGAUGAGACUCAAUUAACAUAUUCUAGUUUACAACAAGAUGAGAUACGAAACAAGACUGUUCUAGUGUUGCUGGAUUCUCCCCUCUGUGAGUCCAGUGGUCCACAAACCAGUAGAAAGCGGAGUGGGAUAUGAAACCAAAGACUGUAUUCAUGCUGAGAACUUUUAAAGUUUCUUCUUGUUGCACAUGUUAUUACAAAUAAAUGACAAGACUGCGUUUCGAAGCAAUGCAAAUGUUGUGAAUGUCUUAAGUUUGCUUCUGGAUGUGGAGCGAUCUUUAAAUCUGUCUUUUUUUAAAAUUAAAUAAUCAUUUUUGUAAAAUGUACUUUAUUUCACUGAAUUGCAGUGCUCGACGAAUAAUA